AUGGACAGACUCAAGAAGCUGUUUCUGUUCUGCCUUGUAGCUAUGUCCACAAGUUAUGUGACAGUGUGGUCAGCGAGACGAGAGAAUCCCGCCAACAUGGCCAAGUCCCAGGGCUUCCUUCAGAAGUUGGACACUGCCCAGGCUUCUGUUCUGUCGUCUCUUGGCAUGCCCGCUUCUGCAGGGGUUGAGGUUCUCCGCUACUUCGACGACCCAACAAAAGACGGCUACUCUAUCAAACACGUCGACCAGUACAGAACCAACAUGAACGUACACGCAAGUAGCGGAGUCUACAAUCAUGUGUUCUGGUGGAUAGGCCAGGAAAUAGGCGUGAAAGCAGCCUUCGAGUGUUUCCUCAUCGCUCUCCGCGUGUACUGGAGAGAGAGGAGUGACUUUGAGGACGGUGCCUGCGGUGUGUUGAGGGGAACUUACGAUGCUGGCUUUGAUAUGGUCCUGGUGCAGGACUCCUUCUCUAAAGUCGGGAUCAAUGGAGACGACUGCUUGGAUCUUGGAAGUCUUGUCACAGCUGCACUCCAAGAUGGCGUCUUGAAGACCGGCCUCAAGGUCUCCAAGAUCCGACACCCUCUGUUCAAGGUCGUGGUGCCUUCAGGGAAGACUUCGCUCACGGCAGAGGUCACGGGGGCGGGGCACCAGGUGACGAUCAGCGAAUCCCACGACAGGAGUGCGACCCCGAGGUCAUCGGGUCAAGGGUCAACCCAAGCAGCGGUGAACGCAGGAGAGACUUUGUACAUCCGGGUUUUCUCGGAUUCUGAGUCUGACGAAGCGGGAGAAGUUAAGGUGACAUAUUCUUGA